AUGACGAUCUAGUCAAAUUGAAAAUGGCGACCCACUGAGCUGGUUGGUAGUGUUGUGCGUUGUGAAGAUUUUCGAUCGGUUUUCGCAGUGAAAAACGGCCCUAUCCGUGCUCCAAAAGAACGAACCUCGCGCGGAUCCUUCUGUUCAGGUUCCGUGUUGUUGUUGGGUAGUGGUGGAAGUGCUCGUGCUAACAGAACCCACAGCGCGACACACUCUGUGACUGAUUUAGAUUUGUUUUUCCACAAGAACUUGGGAAGUUCCCCGUGGAAGGUUGUUUCCGGGUGUUUGUCGGAGCAAUGAACCGUAAUAUGUCCGCCGUUGGCAGGCUCAGGCGGAGCCCGUCCCCGGCGGCGUCUCGGGGCGGGCCAGGCGGUUCCAGCAAGCUGCGAAUGGAUCGGAAUCCCACCCAUGCUCGGAUUAAUGAUCCCAGUCACCCAGCUGGAAAACGUAAGGAAAUCGAUAACGUGAUGCGAAAGGCCCGGGCCUUUCCCAACGAAACCUGGGACAAGAAGCUGCUCGAAGUUGAGGAAAAGGAUCCAAACCGAUGGCGCCACACCGGAUUCAAAAAGAUGUACAUUGAGGAAGACCCCAGCAGUUCGGAUAGUGAACGUGGCCGAUACGGAAACGGUAUGCCACCGCGCGGUCGUUCCCGCAGCCGAAGUCGAAGCCGCAGCCGCAGCAGAUCGGCCCGGUCUCCGCCAUUGCGCCACCGGAGAAGUCCAUCGCCACCGAUGAGAAAACGUCGUGUACCAAUUUCGCCAUCUCCGCCGCCGAUGCGUCGUCGGCCGGCGUCGAUCUCGCCACCACCUCCGGAACCGGUUAUGAAGCGUAGGCCUCGUUCGCCACCUCCGCGAAUGUUACGUCGUCCGUCACCGCCGGCGGCUUUCCACCGUGGAAAAUCGCCACUUCGUUCGGUUUCGGGUUCACCCCGCCGGGGGGUCGUUCGUCGUAUGUCGCCUAUUCCACCGCCCAGACCACGAGUCAAACGGCCACCGUCGCCGCCACCCAAGAUGAGUCGCUCUCCAUCGAUGACCAGCUGUUCGGAGGAAUCCUGCUCAGGCUGCUCCAUGGAUCACCAUCGGUCUAGAUCUCGUUCGUUAAACGGUCCGGGCCCGGGUCCGCGUCCGCGUCUACGUGCGGCAUCGCCGCCGCCACCCGCAGUUCACAUUUCGAAAGCCCGGCGCGACGGUCCCGUAAUGCGUCCGAUGAGUCCGCCUCCGACAGAUCCGCGCCGUAAGGAACCGAUGCCCAAGGUGCAUCGCGUCGACAAGGAUCCUCGAGAUCGUCCGUCAAGGCCGAUCCCUCCGCCACCGCCGGCCGAACGUCUCCGACAUCCGCAAACGCCCGAAUCGGAAAAAGCUCCUUCGCCGAAACCGCGAGUCACGAAGCACAAAGGCAUUCCGGAGGAUCCCCGGCCAGUGAAGGUACGUCAGCCUAAGCCACCGCCACCGGAAGUGGCCGCGCCGCCGCCCAGCAAGAAGCACAAGGAGAAGAAUCCCGAAAAGGUUAAGCUUCGAGCGCGUGUCAAAAUUGAAGGUGAACCGAAACAGCGCCGCCCACGUUCUCCGUCGUCCGGUUCGGAGGAGUCGUCAAGCAGUGAAAGUUCGCUGCCAAGAUUUACGGCUACCACACGGCUCACGCUGUCAGAACGGUUUGGAAAGAUGGCCCAGUGGAGCGUCGAUCGGAGCAAUAUGGAAAACAUGCGCAUCACCAAGAACAGUUCCGGUGGUGAUUUGAAGGUCAUGAUCGAGGAAGAAAUGGAAGCUCCCCCGCCAGCACGGUACGCGUAUUCGCCUGCUCCGGCCGGUCACUUCCCCGAGGAACUGAUGACCACCGGUCCCAGCGGACUAUCUUCAUGGGACGAUGUUCGAGUACGGUACGAGUAUUACAAGGGACGCGGCUAUCUGAGGGAUCUCGACCUGCAGGAUUACAUCAAGUGGGAGGAGUGGUGGUACAAAUACCAGGAGUGGCUCAAGCAGGAACGCUAUUACGAGCUGUGGGAAAGAUCCCAGUUGAACCGACGCCGCAAGAAAGUUCCCAUAUCGCAGCGAUUGAACUAAAAUGGGGGAAAUGGACUUCACUGCUUGUUUUGCGAAGCCUUCCCCAUAAGUCGGCCCUCGUGGAGAAUCUGGAUCUCCGAGGUAGAACUUCCAUGUUUUAGAGAGCGAGAUUAACACAAUUAAUAUAAAAAAAAACAUUAUUUAUGUAAAUGUUUCUAUGUGCAUUACAAAUGGUAGAUCACAGGGCGCAUGAAGGACGCUCCCGUAGAUCUGAACUAGGACAGGUGGGAGAUUUGCCCUUGUGAGGUAUCGCAAAAAAAAACAACUAAUGUACCCUUAGAAGAAGAUCUACCGUUUAAUGAGAUAGUUUAGUAUCGACCAUUGAUCUUCUGCAACUCAACACAUUUAUCAAAAUAGUAUGAUAGUAAAUAAACCAUGCAAGUAUAAAAUGAAUAAAUUCAUUUAGCAAGUUA